GUUUCCCCCUUGACAGUUAGCCUUACAUAGUGUUGUCGUUGUUCAUUUGAAAUAAUACAAUCCCCACAAUACACCGGGCCAAGUGACGGAACCCUUUCAGUACGUAGUUCCUUGUGCGUAAAAGUCGCACUGUGUCGUCUGACCCGGCCCGAGUAUAGGAGCGUUAUUCAGGAUGCAGGACUCGCCUUUGUGGGAGCAGAUAGGCACUGGCUUCGUGCGACACUAUUACCAGUUAUUCCAAAGUUAUAGAGCAAAACUCGCUGAUCUAUAUAUUGCCGAGUCGAUGCUAACCUGGGAGGGAGAAAAAAUCUGCGGAAAGGAGGCAAUUACCAAGAAACUCCUUAAUCUGGGCAUCAAAAAAAUUGGGCAUACUAUCACAGCACAGGACCACCAGCCAACCACGGACGGCUGCAUCCUGAGUAUGGUUGUAGGACAAUUAAAAGCUGACAACGAUCAAGUCAUGGGUUUUCAUCAAAUUUUCCUCCUGAGGGAAAUAAACUCUGCCUGGGUGUGCACCAAUGAAAUGUUUAGGCUGGCUAUUCACAACUUUGCCUAAACAAUUCUUCUACUCUGGUGGGCAUGGGCAGUCAAAGUGGGUGGAGGGUAGAGAAGAGUUGGCCUUGGAGAGAUUGGAGAAAGAUCAUGCUUCCCUCCUGCUGUCUGCUUCACCUUGUUUGACAAACGUGAACAACGGAAGAUAAUUGUCAAUCACUAAGCCCAAUUGAUCUGAGAUAGUACAAAUGCAACUCUUGUCUUUCUUUGCUGACAUUGGCCAACCUUUCAAACACCACCCAAGACACUCACUUUGUGCCAUGCCUCUAGUUCAUUCUAUUCAAUUGUUUGACUUCUUCCGUCUAGUUUUAGAUCAAGCUUGGCUCAGUUCACUUCAGCAUCAUGUCAGGUGUAGAUGCCACUAGAAUCACUCUAGCUUUCUUUAGUAUGCGUGGUUAAGUUUUUAAUCUUCCUUUAUUCAAUGCUUCAUUACCAUGUCACCAAAGACUCAUUUAAGACAAUGUUGGAGUUUACUGUUGUUCUGCAUUAUCCUCCUCCAACUGUCUUGCUUUCUUCCACAGAAAUGUUUGGCAAUUUACAUGGACAAAGCCACAACUCACAAUAAAACCCAGACUUUGUUUUUCAUAAUGCUGUGGGCUCAUCACUAAUGUAAACUGCACUUCUUUUGAAUGCAACCAAAGUUUUGAAUACAUAUUGUUUUUCUAAUGUUAAUUGUGUGAAUUACCUUGUUAUAGAGAAUUGGACAGAAACCUGAAAUUACUGAGUUGUUGAAUAUUUGCAUUGAAAUUAUUGCUUUUGUAUGGAAACAAGGUAGGCUAUAUACUGUGACAUUAUGUGUCCAUAGACAAUGUCAGUUUAUAUGGCAAUUGUGUGAACCCUUUGAACUACUUGGAUUUUUGCAUACUGUAAAUUGGUUAUAAUAUGCAGUGUGCCAUUCAUUUGGUACUUGGGCGUUUAGUGGAUACUUACCAAACUUCAGCCUUCUCUUCAUACCACCACUUAGUAAUGACCCGAUGACAUUUUAUGAAGAUUUCACGAUUUCCAUCCAAUUGGUUCAAAAUAAAUAAAAAUUAUUUCUCGACGCGUCAAGUGCACACAAACCCCCUUGCUCGCCAAAACCUUGAUUGUCAUUUGAACUGUGAUGGCUUUGUUGCAGUCCUGCAACAGUGUCCACAUGGAAAUAAUCACUGAAAUUAAAAUACCAUAAUUACA